AUGUCGGUUGGUGUCAAGCCAUUCUUGCCAACCCAAUACAUCGGUGACCUUAUGAAUUAUAUCUCCUCUUUUCUGUCUCUCUCUUUAAUAUAUAAAUUCUCUCUACAUCCAUUUCUCACAUACAUUCUCUCUCUAUCCCCCUCGCUAUCUACCCCUCGUAUUCACAUUCCGUCUCUCCCUAAAUCUCUUCUUUCUCUCUCAAAUACAUAUUCUUUCCUUCCCUUCCUCUGUCUGAUUUACAAAUUCCCAUUCAGUCGUUCAUUUGCUUUUUCCUUCUACAUUCCUCUCCGUAUUUAUCGCAUAUACAUUCUCUCUACUUCCCACUCAUUAUCUCAAAUACAUAUUCUCUCUUUCCCUCCCUUUGUGUCUGACUUACGAAUUCUCAUUCAUUCGCUUCCUUUCAUUUUGAUAUACACGUUUCCAUCUGGGGAGCCAACUUCUUUUUCUAUUUAUUACUUGUCAUCGUUCUUAAGCCAUUUCUCCUCAGGGCCAUCACUUUCUCUCAUUCGCCGAAAGCAAAGAUAUACUCUAUCUGAGAUUUUUUAUACAAACACACUCACACACACGCAUAUCUAUCUAUCUAUCUAUCUAUCUAUCUAUCUAUCUAUCUAG